AUGGCGGACGAGGAGGCCGAGCAAGACCGCGGUGAGCGGAGCGACACUUCCAGCGCUUUAAACGCGCUCUCGACGCGACUGGAGGACACCGUAGCGGCUCUGAAAAACAGCCCGGAGUCUCCUGACGAGAGUGCGUCACAGUACUGCUUUGAGUUCUGCCAGACUUUGGUGGAGUAUGUCAAUCGGUGGAGUAUUGAGGAGGGGCAGUUAUCAGUACUGGAGGUUUAUAUCAUCGCCCUGCUGAGCUUUUCACAGGCGUGCCCAUACCUUUCUGCCCAGUGUGAAAAGGUGCCAGUUGUGCUUGAAAGGCUCUCUCUGAGUUGUGCGGAGUUGCUGAUUUCUCUGCCCCAAAAUGUCCCAGAUUCAUUGUGGGACAGGUUUAAGUCAUCUGUGCAGAUUGCUCAUUCUCUGGUUCAGGAGAAGGGAAUCACCCAGCUGGUAAUACUCAACACCAUUGCAAAAGAGCAAGGUGUGUGGACUAAUUCAAUGUUGCAGUGCAUCCUCAAGAAUGACACGCCACCCCAAGAGAAAGUUCACGAGUUCCUCACUCUGGAAGGACCAGCACUACUGAAAAUGCGAGUGAAGCACCUGAUCAAAGAGAGUUGUAUUGAGCAGGCUGCAUUACUUGCCAAGGCUUGUGCUGAAUUCUCUGAGUUUGUAGACCAGGGACACUUUAAGCAGAUGUACCUGGUGUGUUUGUGCACUGUUGCUCCACAGGAACUUGUAAUGGAAGAGCUCUCAAGAGUGGACUGCCAAGAUGCUUUAGAGAUGAUUUGUAACCUUGAGGCAGACGGCGAUGAGAAAGCAGCCUUUACAUUGUGCUCUGGUUUUUUGACCCGUCAGAUUCUGCAGGAGGAUUCCUACUGUGCUUGGGAACUGACUCUGUUCUGGGGUAAACUGCUUAAGCGAUUAGAAUCUUCAGAGCAAGGCUUUCUGGACAGAUGCCGUCAGAUGUCGCUUCUGUCUAAAACAGUGUUCCACCUACUCUUUUUCGUUAAAGUCAUCCAGUCAGAGAUGGAUAAAGUUGGACUUUCUGCUUGCAUUGACCUAUGUAUCCGAGCUCUCAGAAUGGAAUCGUGUGACGGAAGCACCAAGGCCACUGUCUGCAAAACAAUCUCUUGCCUCUUACCCACUGACUUGGAGAUCAAAAGAGCUUGCCAGCUGACAGAGUUUCUUCUGGAACCAACGGUAGACUCGUAUUAUGCGGUGGAAACUCUUUACAAUGAGCCUGACCAGAAGCUAGAAGAGGAAGAUCUACCUGUACCGAACUCCCUGCGCUGCGAGCUGCUUUUAGUCCUCAAAACCCAGUGGCCUUUUGAUCCUGAGUUCUGGGACUGGAAGGCAUUAAAGCGCCACUGUUUGGGUCUUAUGGGGGAAGAAGCUUCAAUUGUGUGUUCCAUUGAUGAACUGAAUGAUGGUGACCCUGAGGGAUCAGAGGAAGGCUUAUUUUGUGAGGAGUUUAAGGAUGUCACACAACGGUUUCUGGAUGCAACUAAUGAACUAAAUGAAAUAGCAGACCAGAAGCAGAAAAACAGAGAGGUAAAGAAGUUGAGAGAAAAAGGGUUCGUUUCAGCUAGGUUUAGAAAUUGGCAGGCUUACAUGCAAUACUGUGUUUUAUGUGAUAAAGAGUUUCUUGGUCACCGUAUAGUGCGUCAUGCACAGACUCACUUCAAAGAUGGAUACUAUUCAUGUCCAAUAUGUGUAGAGACCUUUGAUGCAAGAGAGACUCUUGAUCCUCAUGUUGCAUCACAUGUGAAGCUGUCUUGCAAAGAACGUCUCGCUGCAAUGAAGACAACUAAGAAAUUAGCCAACCCAAAAACUGCUGCUCCUGUCAUAGUUGCCCUUAAAGCAAAAAGCGGCGAAAAUCAAGUGCGUAAGACCAAGACAAAAAAUAACUACAAUAGGGGCUCCAUUUUUAAUGGAAAUGCCAAUGACUCUGAUUGUCUUGACUUCAAUGAUGGUAAUGAAGGGAAUAUUUGCCCAGUUCAUGGCUGCAGAAAAGGAUUUAAAUAUUUCUGUAAUCUUAUUGCCCAUGUGAAGGAUCAUGGGGACAACGAAGAAGCAAAACGCUUCCUUGAAAUGCAGAGCACAAAAGUAGUGUGCCAGUAUUGUCGUCGCCAGUUCGUCAGCGUUGAUCACCUAAAUGAUCACCUUCAGGUACACUGUGGCAUCAAACCUUAUAUUUGCAUACAGCUUAACUGCAAAGCCAGUUUUGACACCAAUGCUGAACUUAUUAUACAUAACAAAGACCACCCAGUCUUCAAGGCUAAGUGUAUGUUUCCUGGUUGUGGUAAGAUUUUUCAUGAAGCCUAUAAACUGUAUGACCAUGAGGCACAGCAUUACCAAACAUUUACCUGCAAAGCCCCAGACUGUGGUAAAGUUUUUCAUUCUUAUUCCGAGUUAGAUCUCCAUGCAGAGGUUCAUGUUGCAAAAGUGGAAUGCCAGAGCACUGACGGCCAAAUUAUUGAACAAACAGAACUUCAACCAGAUCACACCAAUCAAGUGCAUCAGGGUUCUGUUCAGCACAGCCCUCUCUCUUUCACCCAGAUGAAUACCAACAGCACAGGGUCUCAAAUGGAUCGUGGGAUGGUGAUAGUAAAGCAUUCUGUGGAAAAUAUGCUAAAUAGCGCUUUUGCAAUGUCUGCUCAAGGUUGUGUGCAUCCUGGAACAUGUAAACCUGAUCAAGAAGCUCAAAGUCCCAUCCAUCAGCACAUCCCUCAAACAAAUGACCAUCUGACUCAGUCAGCCAUGGGCCCUCACCUGUCUCACUUAAAUCAAUUUAGACCAGAGGAAUCUCUACUAGACGCCUUGAUGAAUGAUUCAGAUCCCAUGCCCUCUACAUCUUCAUACCAGAGUGUAUUGGACGAAUUUCUGCCUGUCCCAACAACAGAUGUUUUGCAUGGUCAGAUGCAGACAGUUGAUUUAGGUAACGACAAUAACAAUGACUUAUUUGGGCAAUACAAUCCUAAUCCUUUAGGUCAGAGUCAAACACAUUAUCCAAGCCUGUGUAGUAACACCAUGAUGCCUUCAACACAGGCUUCCCACUGUGCAACACAACUUGUGUCUUUGGGUCAGGUGCUUCCACCAAUUUCCCAGACACUUCCAUUACAAAUGACUCCCUUGCCAACUAAUGGACAAAUAUCGGAUAAUAAAUCUGUGCAACCAGUAGAUGUGAACAGCGCUGUUCAAGUCAUGAAGGAGAGACACAAAUGUCAAUUUGAAUCAUGUACUCGAGACUAUAGCUCUUACAGAAGUGUUACGAAGCACAUGAAGGCGGUUCAUCCUGAAUUUUACACAUUGUGGAAGCUAGCAAAGAAGAACAAGGUGGCAGUCCAACCCACACUCAGAUCUGUUUCUAUGAAUGGAAGCCUCAAAUCAGUUUUACAUCCACAAGACGAACUGGGUCAAAGAGUCCCUGGCCCUGGUGUUCAAACGCAGAAUCCCCUUAGUCAGCCUCCUUCCUACCCAACAAGUUGUGCAAACCCCAGCUUUCCCUCUGUCCCCUCUCACAUAACUGCUCCCACAGAACAUGCCCAUACCAAUGAAAUGGCCAAUAUAUUGGAUCCCAUUGUGCUCUCUCAGCUUGGAAACACAAAUCAAUCUCAAAUAGGAGUAGACCACUUGUGGGACCCCAGGAAUGAUUCAGUACUCCAAAAACAGACAUGUAAUUCUCCAGGAAGUGCCCAAAAUAUUGACAGCCCUUCUAGCAGUCAUUACUCUCACCUAAACAUAGCUUCUAGUGAAAGUGCACCACAUGGAGGAAUGAGCUAUACUUCUCUAAAACCACAGAAUAAUCCAAACAGUCACCCUACACCAGCCCAAGUGGACAGUAUUUGCAAACAAAAUGAUUCCACAAGUGACAGUUUGCAUUCAGUUGCCAACUUAAACCCACCCCAACAAGUCAUGAGUCCGAAUAUGAUGGGAGCAGUUAACUCUGUAGCGGAGACAAAUUUGGGAUCUACACAAAUGUCUGCGUUGCCCUCAUGCACUGAUAGUUCAGAUCUCAAAGAUUCUUCAGUAUCUACUUACUCCCAACAAACAAGCAGUUUAAAAAGUUCAGUUCCCAAAGAUGCAUCUGCAUCAUCUUACCCUCACCAAACAAACAACAGUUCUUUCUCUGCAAUAACCCAUACUCCGUGUGUGGUGAAGUUGGAGAGAAAUCCAUGUGUAGUUCCACCACUUCCAAACAGUGGUACUUCCCCAUCAAACAGGAGUUUUCCAGCUUCUCAGAAUAACACUGGAAAUGUGUCCAGUGAUGGGGACAAGAAAAAGGUUAAAAGAAGCAGAAGAACAAAAUGGCCAGCCAUUAUUAAAGAUGGCAAAUUCAUUUGCUGUAGGUGUUACAGAGAAUUCCCAAGUUCCAAAUCUCUUGGAGGACACUUGUCAAAGCGUGCUUCUUGCAAACCAUUUGAUGAAGCUGACCUUACAGCAGACCUCCCAAGCUCGUUUCUUGAUCUUCUUAACUCGCCCCAUCCAACACCUUCCUCAUAUGUGGACCUGGAAACUUCAGUGCACCUGCCUAAUAAAGGCCCUCUUGAUCCAAAACUGUACCCUAAUGUCACUUUUCCACAGGCCAAUAGCUCCACCUACACUAGCAGUGAUAAACUGACAGGGGGAGUGUUCAAGCAAAACCCAUCAAAUCGGUCCAUGAGCUGUGGACAAGAACAGCAGACUGUUCCAAACACUUGUCAAGGUCCAUCUGCUCAAAGCCGUCUUUCAGAAACUAGCGUUAUACAGCACACUGGUAAUGUCAAAAACACGCCACAAGCAAGUUACUCAGAUAUGUCCAACCCACAUUUUAAUGAUCCUCUUCUCUCGCAGUUGUUGGCAGAAGACCACUCUGCCUCCACCCUGUAUAGUUGUUCCUUAGAUCAUGUCAGUCAAAUUCUUCAAGCUGAGACUUUAAAUAAAAUAAAAGAGAUAAAGGAAAAGACAGCCAUCAUCAAUGCAAGUGGAUUAUCGAAUGAUGGACUUCUGGCAGCCAUGGAAAGUCUUGCUCAAAAUCUAGUAUCUGGAAAGAGUGUCAAAGAUAGAUUGCGUGACCAGAUAUUGGCUGGAGACCUUCACAAAAAAAGCAACUUGCCUCAUGGAUCGAGUGUUGACAGUUCCUGCUCACAAAUGUCUGUUGCAAGUCCUGUGACUGUUGAUCCACAGCAUUCUUCAAACAUGAUACUUAGUGCACCUCCAAGUGAGCAGGGACCUGUGGGGAACACUGCUGGUACUUCAACAGAAAUUGUUUUACAAUUGGGUAACGUCAGUCCAAAUGAGAGCUUGCUUCACACCCAAUCAUCUGUGUCUUCAGGAACUACAGUGAACAAUGCAACCAUUAUAACAGUGGAUGAAAUUUUGGAAAUCCAAAAAGCUCUUGAGAAGCUUGACCUAGACAGAGAAAUCAAUGAAGAGACCAGAACUGUAGAUGAUCGUACAAGGAAUGAUAGACAGCCUAUUAAGCCAGAGUCCAGUGAUUCAUCCAUUGAGAUACCAUGCUUUGUGAAACCAUUUGCAUGUGAUGCAAAUGGUUGUACUUAUAGGGCAAUGACAAAAGAUGCUAUCUUUAAACACCUUUUCAAACUGCACAAUUACACAGAUGACAUGCUUACUCAAUUGAAAGGUCAGUUUAAUGUUGCCCCUUUCAGCUGUCACAAAUGUUCCAAGGCAUUCACCCGCAACUCCAACCUCAAAGCCCAUUAUCAAACAGUGCAUAAUUUUACAAAGGAAGAAAUAAAGAUGAUGAAAAUUAAACGUCAGUCCAAUCAUAGGGUCCUGGAGAGUGACAGACGAAGUACUCGUCCAAUGCCAGAAUUACCCAAUCCAGUCAAAAACGCAUCUUAUUUGGAUGUAUGUCAACAGCAGAUAUAUGUGCCUGGUGCAUCAGUGUCCAUGAAAGUGGAUAAAGCAAAACUAUCCCAUUGCAUUACUCCAGGCAUAUUAGCAGAUUGCUGGACAAAUCCUGAAGUUAGAGGUCUUUCAUUGGGAAUGCAGACUGGAUCUUUGCAAAAUCACACACCUGUUCAGCCAUCUGUCAUUGUGUCUGGCUAUUCUUCAGUAUCCCCAAGAAUGGAUCAGCAGCCAAAUGGAUGGUUUUCCACAAAGUCCUCCGUUUCUAGUCAGAUCCACGCGUUCCCACUAAAAGAGCUUCUGCCCAUGCCGCCUCUCACCCCAAAUCCAUCAACACCAGUACAGGUAGCAAAUGAGUCCUUAGACAAAUACCCUAAACUUGCCAAGCCCAGAGUGGCAAGGCCAAGAGAGUCUCCCAAAAAAACUAAAGAUAGAAAAGCAGAGGCUGAUGAUACUUUUAGUCCUUACAGACCUUAUCGUUGUGUUCACCAGGGCUGUGUUGCAGCUUUCACAAUUCAACAUAAUUUGAUCCUACAUUACAAAGCUGUGCAUCAGUCUGCUUUGCCUAAAUUUGAGGUUAACAAUCAAGAUGAACAGAUUGAAGAGGAAGCACAGGAACAGCAUAGAAAUGAAGAGAGUGAAAACAAGAUGGAGGGGGACUUCAAGGAGGUGGUGGAGUUCAUGUGUCAAGUCAAAAACUGCUCUUGUAUUUUUCAGUCUGUUCCAGACUUGCUCCAGCACUAUCUUCAGCUACACAAAUUAACCCUUGAGAAAGCAGGUGCAAUGAUGUGCAGCAUCAACUUGGGCAGGUUUCAGUGUGACCAGCCAGAGUGCUAUGAAACUUUCACAGCUUUCUGGAAGUAUAUCAGCCAUGUUGAUCAAGAGCAUACAGGAACAACAAUAUCUCAAGUUGAGCCUGUGGAGGGGAUGUUCAGAUGUCAGGUGGAAGGAUGCGAAUGUGCUUACAGCACACGGUCAAAUUUACUGCGGCACACCAUGAAGAAACACCAAGACAUUUACAAACGUAUGCUCAUAAACCCACGAGAAAGCAAGAGGGGGAUAAAAAUUGGUAGGCCCAAGAAGCGUCAUCUUGACAUAAUUGAGAAAGAAAACCGAGAGACUAACAAGAAACCAGUUGAAAAUGAAAACGGCAGCAAGAAACCAGUUGAAAAUGAAAAGAGCUGCAAGAAACCAGUUGAAAAUGAAAAGAGCUGCAAGAAAUCAGUUGAAAAUGAAAAGAGCUGCAAGAAACCUGUUGAAAAUGUAAAGAGCUGCAAGAAAUCAGUUCAAAAGACAGAGAAAGAAAAUCAAGAAAAUAACAAGAAACCAGUUCAAAAGACAAAGGAAAAUAGAGAGACUAACAAGAAACCAGUUCAAAAGGAUGAGAAAGAAAAUAACGAGACUAACAAGAAACCAGUUCAAAAGGGUGAGAAAGAAAAUAACGAGACUAACAAGAAACCAGUUCAAAAGGAUGAGAAGGACAAUAACGAGACUAACAAGAAACCAGUUCAAAAGGGUGAGAAAGAAAAUAACGAGACUAACAAGAAACCAGUUCAAAAGGGUGAGAAAGAAAACCGAGAAACUAACAAAAAAAAAAUUCAAAAGGGUGAGAAAGAAAAUAGUGAGACAUACAAGAAACUAGUUCAGAAGGGAGGUCUUAAAAAAAGAAGAGAAAAGAAAAACAACUGGACAAAAUAUGGAAAGCCUAUUUUGAAAACCCAGGAAGAAGCAUCUGCGAUGUGCACCAAGCGAUUACAACUGCAGUAUGCUUGCAUGAUAAAAGGUUGUGAAACAGUGACCAGUUCUGAACGAAAUAUAAUGAAACAUUAUCUCCAACAUGGCCUCCCAAAACAGUACCUGGAGGAACAGAGAAGUAAUUUUAUAUACUGUAAAAAAAUACCCCGAUCCAGAUAUAAACGUAUUGCUUCCAGAAGUGACGACACUGAUAAAUCUGAGGAAAGUACCAUUUCGGAGACAUCUGACAAUGAGGAAUUCGCUGAAACCGGGCAGAGCGAAUCAGAUUUCUCGAAGCCCACAUCUGAGAAGGAAAGCACAGAAGAUCCAGAUCUGUCAGAUUGUAAACCCUCAACCGACACGUGUUCAGAGAUAUCAGUAGUAGUUAAAAGGAAAAGAGGACGCCCACGCAAGGGUGAAGGUAAAAGGGCCAAAUCAUUUGGAAAUAAAAGAAUGACAAGAGUGAGGUCUGUCAACGAUAUGGAUUUAAACUCAGAAUCCACUUCCUCUAGCACUACCAUGAACCAGGAGGACGUCGCUGAUCAAAUUACACCAUUGAAUUCGUUCAAGCCCAUGGGAUUUGAGGUGUCCUUUCUUCAGUUUCUUCAGGAAUCUAGGACAUCCCAGAAAAGAAAAGCAAAAGUACAGUUGAGUGGAAGUUCACGCAAACGAACGACUGCUUUCCACUUAAAGACUGCGACAGUAGUGUGCAAAAGAUCUGAUGUAAAAAUGCAUUCGCGAGAGGUUCUGCAACUUGUUGAAUUUAAAAAUCCCCAAAACUUGUCCACGCUUAGCAAUGUCACAUUUGAGGUGCAAAAAGUUUUUUCUGAUGUCUCCGAAGUUCUUCUUAAGCAGCUUCAUGAAAUGCGACCCAUGGUGAUCCUGCAAAAAGACGACUAAUUUAUUGAGCUUUUUCCCCAAUAUCAUGUUGUCAGAACUCAGGAUGAGGUUGAUAACUAAAUUGCUGCAAAUCUAGUACAUUUUAACUGGACAUUUUAUCUCUAUUGAGACAUGAAUGCAGAAUGGUUGUUGCUUGUUCAAGAAGCUGUAGGGAUGUUUUAUGUUUUGGUAGACACUACAUCACCACUAUCUUAAAGGUCCCCAGUGCAAUGUUUAUAACGUUACAGGACUGUGUAUGUUAAGCUCACUUUAUAGUUGCAGUAGAUGAUAUACCUCUAAAGCAUGUAUGUCCUUCUAUAAAGCUGUUCAGCACAUUUCUGUUGCCUUUGAAGUUAACUUUUUGAGUAUUGAUAGUAAUACUUUUUAAUAUUCCAUUGGACUUUUUGUAUCCCACCUGAAAGUGACUCAUGAUCAGUAAAGAUGUUAUGUAGUGCUGUGUAUAAUUUGUAACUGUUUUGGUCCCGUUUACCUUGUAAAUCUGAAAUUUGUCAAAAUUGUUGUAACUGGUUCUUUGAUCAACUGCUGCCACCAGCAGUCUGUAUGUUAAUCAAUAGAAACCAAUUUAUUACAGCUUGCAUUUUGUUACUCUUUUUUUUUUUUUUUUUUUUUUUUGGUUUGAUUCUUUAAUAUACUGUCACCAAGCACCCAAGCCAUGAUCUUUACAAGUUCCAUUUCCUUCACCCCAGCACAAUAGUUAUUAGUGGUCAACAAUUGUUUUGUUUUUUUCAAUGGCAAAUCGCAGGACUGAUAUAUUGAGUGUGCAGUGUAGAUGAUGGCGGAUAAAAUGCUUUAUAUAUAGCAUAAUAUAAAUAUAUAUAUAUAUAUAUAUAUAUAUAUAUUAUACAUAAUACUGACUUAAUGACAGCAAAUGAGAUGUACACAAAAUUGCUGAGAAAAACAUAAUUUUAAACCGUACUUAUUCAAAAUUCAAUAAAUCAAUGUGAAAAUCGAAGUGUCUGUAGAUUUUGGAACUUGCACAAGGAUGAGUUAAUGCAUCUGUGAUGCAAGGGGCGUUCACAUGAUCCGUGUAGGGGCGUCAACAGGUUGCGAGAGUCACUUGUUACAUUAAUUCAGUGUUUUUUGAAGAGUCUCACAGAAACCCUACACCUAAUCUUACAAACAGCAAAUGCAACUCUCAUGAGACUUUCCCAACCAGAUGGUUCCCUUCCAGACAUGGCAGUGUAAACGCAUCGCAUUGAAUGCCACAUGAAAAGCAUUGCAGAUAGCAUCAUGGAGGCACUAUUUUAUGAGUUUGCCAGGCAAGAAAGCGGGAGGGGAGCACAGUAAACAUUGAAAACAUCGAUUUGGAUUUGUAAGAGAAGAAAGUCCUGGCAAUUGCUUUGAUACAUUGCAGAUCAUGAUAAGAAGACUUGUUAACAUUAUGGUCUUGGGGUGUUCUUUGUGAAUUUAAAUUAAUUCUGUAACUGCAGACUCUGGGUGCUCGGAGACAAUAAAUAUACAUAAAAUAUGUAAAUAUUUGUAUUAAAUAAAAGUUAAAUAUGUAUAAAAUAAUUGACACAUUCAAUAUCUCUUAUAAAUAUUUCUUGUUGCUUUGGAGCAGCUCAUCCUCAAUGAGGCAAAAACUUGUUAAAAUCACUUUGGUAUAAAGAUGUACCUGUCAUUGUAAAGACACAUUGACCGAUAACCAUUCAUUGACGCUUGGGGAAAGUCAGAGGCAUCGGGGUCAAAUUUGGAAUGCAUUACAACGCUUGACGGAAUUGCAACAUGGUACCAGAGUUAACGCUGGUGCUUCACUCCUGAAGCCUUAAGUAUACUUUGGCAUAUACAUGCAAUCGAAUGCUCUGUCCUUUCAAACAUUACUCUAUUUGAUGGGUGCAAAUGGACAAGUUAUUGACACAGGCGCUACGACUGCUGUGUGAUAUUGGACUAUUCCUCUUCAGGAGUUUAGAUCCAUUUUGUUGUCUUUAUAGUCUUUCAGAGUGGAGUUAUACACAAGUAUAGGUGUGCUUAAGUGCAUAUCCACAGUUGUUAUUCCACCUUUGUCUCCUGUUCACCAGUGUUGACGUCGUCUUAUUGCAAUACUUUGUGACAGCAAUGCCCAGCUGUGAGUGCCACUUUGUGGACCCAUUAAUUAGUACAAACUAUUUCAGGUGCAUGUGCAGACUAGCCUAUACG